UGAAUCUCACUAAUACGUUUAUCACAUUGCAUUGUCACAAGCCUUCUCUGUUUUAGAUCAACAAAUUAUAUCUAUUUAGCAGCCAACUUUUACCGUAUAUUAGAGUGACCUUUUUCCUGAAUUUUCUGCUUGCCCAUUACAUACACUACUUACAAUGAACGAAUCCACACCGUUGGUGCAAGCCGAUUUAACCUCCCCCAACCAUACCAAUUACCGCCAAACCAAGGAUAUAGAGCAGAACGAAUACUACGAAUACGAAUCUACGCCCCAUAAUAAAUGCUUUGUGAUCCUUUACUCCAUUUGCGGUGCACUCAUUACGGCUGGUGCCUUUUACUUCCUAGGUUUCUACCUCCCCAACAUGUUUUUGCCUGUGGCUCAGGCUCUUGAACCGCUACGCAAAGUGGCCGCCUUGGAUGUGCAAUUGCAUCCCUACCUAGCAACGCCCCACGGAACCAGCAGACUUGUGCUCAUCGGCGAUAUCCACGGCCAGUUCAACGAGCUCCAGAAGUUGCUUAAGCAAAUGGCGUACUCGCGGAAGAGGGAUACGGUUGUGUUACUUGGUGACUUCAUCUCCAAGGGCCCAGAUUCGUUCAAAAUGCUCGACUGGGCCGAGCAGAACAACAUCAAGUGCAUUCUCGGGAACCACGAGUUGAAUAUUCUCGAUAUUUACACCCACUAUCACAGACUAGACCCCCUUGUGUUCGAAGCCUCGGACGCGAAUUCCAUCUCUCUCCCCGUCAAUUUGCCUCCGGGUAUGUCUGUGAUGCGCCUAGAUGAGGACCCUGAGUUUCUUUUGGCCCGCAGAUUGGAGCCGAGACAUGUAAAGUACCUCAACUCCUGUCCCAUCAUCCUCAAACUCGGCCCUGUUGCGUUCCGCCCCUCUAAAUCCUCUCCGUACGACACCGACCCUACAUUAUUCUCCGGCUCGGUGCAGGGGGUGGCAGUCCACGGGGGCUUAAACCCGUCAAUUGUGUCCUUGGAAGAGCAGGACCCGUGGGAUGUCGUCUCCGUGCGUGACUUGGUUCCUCCGUUUUUCAACGAAACAUCAGAGUUGCCGUUGGAGGACGGUGUAUCCUGGACGAGCAAGUGGAAGGAGUUACAGCAGACGUUGAGCCGGGAGAAGCAGAUGGUGGUGUACUACGGCCAUGACGCCCAUCGUGGGUUGAGGUUGAAGAGCUGGUCUAAGGGAUUGGAUCUGGGCUGCAAUAAGGGGAAGCAAUUGAGUGCAUUGACCGUUUGGGCCGAGGAAGGUAAGAAGAAGAAGGGUGGGAAGCACCAGAAGAGAGAGGUGGUGUACAAGGAUAAGUUGUACCAAGUUGAGUGUUAAGGACCAGGGCUGCUUCCGGGGACCCAAAUAUAGAAUUUUGUAAACCAUCUUAGUGUUUACGAGUAGUUUACCAGAAGUGAAAUUAUAGAUAAAGUUAUGCUUAAUGCCAGGUGGACAAGACUCUUAUAGGUUCGCCCGGGAUCGGUAAUGAUGCAGACAACAUACUCCUUUCUGGCACAAACUCAGUCCCUUGUUAUGCCCGGAAGCGUCGCGUCAAAGUAAGCAGACUCGUUAAUCCUCAACCUGCUACCACAGCCAAACUCCCCAUCGUAUACAGGGACAAGUUACAUAACAGUUCAACUACAAAGGUGG